AUGGAUCCUUGGAAUAGGCUGCGUGAUAUAUUCCAAGAUAACAAACACUCUCGUGUCGUUACACUUGAGUAUGAUUUCACCCACACAACCAUGGAGGCCUUUUCAAGUGUCUCUACUUACUGUCAACAUCUCAAGUCAUUGUCGGAUCAACUCAAGAACGUCGACUUUCCGGUCGAUAACAAUAGGUUGGUUCUGCAAUUGGUGUCUGGUCUCACUGAACCCUACAAGGGAGUGACCACACUCAUCCGUCAAAGUGAUCCAUUGCCUCAGUUUUAUCAAGCACGGUCGAUGCUUGUUUUCAAAGAAUCCGACCUCAAGAAGGCGGCUCAGACCCCGUCCUCUGCCAUGGUGGCUUGUAACUCGGAUAAAUCUCAAGAAAUGUCUGAUUAUUCAUCAGCACGUCGCACAAAUAUUGGUGGAAAACGGUAUUCAAACCAUGAUAAUUCUAGAAAGAAUCACAACAACACUGGUGGUCGUGAUAACUUAGGCUCUGGCAAGGGAGGCUCUAGUGGCGGUGGCAACAAUCGUGGGGGUGGACAACAACAGCCCUAA